AUGGGGAGUCCAGGCUGUGACCGCAUGAGAAGCACAGUGCACCUACCCUUGAUGAGUUUCAGUGACUACUCCCACAGUGGGUCUGCCCUGAGGGCCUGGGAGGAGGAGGACACCAAGCCGCCCCGGGGACUGAUAAGUGUGCCUAAACACACAGCUCCUGAACGCAGCCUGCAAGGGGUCUUCCUGCCCUGCUUCGACAUGCUCCUCACUGAAAACAGCUCGUGGCUGUUGAAGAAGUCUGAAGCAGCGCCCUCUGUGCUCCCCUGUAAGGCCCUGGAGCAGUGCCCUGUCAUCAACAGCCAGGGCCUGGGGCUCCCCUCUGGGCUAGAGGGACAGGUUGAGGAACGCUGUCUGGAGCAGGUUCAGAGCAUGGUGUUGGGAGAGGUACUGAAGGACAUAGAGACUGCCUGCAUACUGCUCAACAUUACUCCAGACCCCAUCGAGUGGAACUGUGGGAACGUCCAGAAGUGGCUGCUGUGGACAGAGCACCUGUACAGACUACCCCAGGUGGGCAAGGUGUUCCAGGAGCUCAGUGGGAAGGACCUGUGCUCCAUGACAGAGGAGGACUUCAGGCAGCGCUCAAUGCAGUGUGGAGACCUGCUGUACGCUCAUCUGGACAUCUGGAGAUCAGCUGCAUGCAUGAAGGAGCCCUGCACACCAGGAGAUAACAGGUUACAUGGUGCUGAGGAGUCGUGGCCAAAGGCAGACUCCUCCUGCUCAGGCCAGCCCAUCCACCUGUGGCAGUUUCUUAGAGAGCUGCUCCUCAAGCCACACAACUACGGACACUGCAUCCGCUGGCUCAACAAGGAGAAAGGAAUCUUCAAAAUAGAAGACUCGGCUUAUGUGUCCAGGUUAUGGGGCAUCAGGAAGAACCGUCCAGCUAUGAACUAUGACAAGCUGAGUCGCUCUAUCCGACAGUACUACAAGAAGGGCAUCAUCCGCAAGCCUGAUGUGUCCCAGAGACUGGUCUACCAGUUUGUCCACCCUGUAUGA